ACGUUUUUCUAGGCGAAAUAAAAUAAAAAUCGCAAUUGUUGAUCGCAAAACCAAACUUUAUUAUUUAUUCGUUUGUUCCAUUUCGAUCGCAUGAAAUGGUAAAUAUUGAAUUGUGCAUGAAAAUGUGGUGAAAAUAGUGUAUGUGCAUGUCUGAACUGUCAGUGGCGUGUGUAUCGACCGAAAAUGAAAACAAUACAUGUGCAAACGCAUCGGAGCACACGCAUACACAAAGGCGAUACCCCCAGACGGCAUUAGUAUUUUUAUCAAGUGGCUGUGUGCACAACAAACACACAAACUCAAUCAACCAAAUUUCUUGGUCAAAACGGAGAUAGCGACAGGCGUAUUGGAAUUAGUGCAAGUGAGAGCGCUGGAAAAAAAAAUCGAAAUUGAUGCUUUUGGCCUGGCCGAAACACGAAAGAGAAGAAAAAAAACGGUAUUCACAUAUCCUUUUUGAGCAUUUGUUGUGAUUGCAAGUAUACACGGAAAAUCGAAUGAAAAGAAAGAACUGCUGUUGCUGCAUAAUUCGGUGCGCACUAUUUUUUUGGUAACCGACGCAAAAUUCGUGAAAAAACAACAACAACGGGAAUUCUAUCAACGAGAUAUAGAUUAUCACCUCAGCGAAGAAUUUGAAUUACCGCACGGAUUUUAUUGAUUGGAAUCAAGAAAGAACAUUUUUUUGAAUUUGAUUUUAUUUCGGCCACAAAAUGGAUGCGCUUUUGGAUGAAGUUGAAUCAUUGGAGGCGAUUUUGAUGGACGAUGUCAAAAUCACAAAAAACUCCGACACUGGCAUUCCGGAGAUGAUUGAAACGAUUGUAUUGCCAACCGUUGGCGAAGAGGUUGAAUCACAAUAUGUUUGUGUGACAUUGCAAGUAAUGUUCACCAAAGGGUAUCCAGACGUUGAACCAAAGUAUCAACUGAGAAGUCCACGUGGUUUGGAUGAUUUCAGCAUCGAUGCCAUUCGAAAAGCAAUUGAUGUUAAGCUUACGGAAUCGAUUGGUGCACCGGUCGUUUUUGAUCUGAUCGAAGUGAUUCGCGAACAUUUGACUCAUAGCAAUCUACCAACGGGCCAAUGUGUUGUCUGUUUGUAUGGAUUUCAAGCGGGCGACGAAUUUACGAAAACUGAGUGCUAUCACUAUUUGCACAGCUAUUGUUUGGCCCGCUUUAUUUCUGCAUCGAAAUGGAAUCAUGAUGAAGAAUGUGAAAAACUACCCACAUGGCAACAAAAAACCAUCAAACCGUUUCAGGCCAGUUGUCCAGUGUGUCGUGAACCAAUUAGCAAAGAUGCCGAACCAUUGCGUGAUGCUGCCCAACCGGUUGAAUUACAAAAUGCCCCCGAUUUCGAAUUAACCACUGAAAUGAAGACGAUGCAAGUUCGCAUGGCCAAUUUGUAUAUGCAUCAGAUGAAACGUGGUGGAAUUAUUGACUCGAAUGCCGACGAAUCGAAUGUGAUCUCAAUCCAAAGUGAAGAUGCCAGAGAAGAGCAACCUCGAAAGAGUAAAAAAUCUUCCAACAAACCGCAACCAACGGAGCAGCAAUUGAAUCAAGCGCGUCAGGCGGCUGCUUUGGCGCUUCGAAACGCAACAAUGGUUAGGAACGAGGAUGAAGAUGAAGACGAUGAUGAGGAGAACGAUCGUCGUCGUCACCAUGGUCGACGCGGUGGUAAUCGUCACAAGAAUGCACCGCACAAGCGCAACGGCCAUCAUCAACGAGUUCAAGCAGCGAAAAUCAGCGGCGGUGUAAACAAUGAGACCGACCAAGCGAGUGGCUCAACUAAGAGAUGACAAUCGUUUGCCAGUGCAGUUCACAUCGAUGCGAUUCUCAUGCGAUCCAUUGAUUUCAGUGCAGCAGUUUUGAGCUUGAUUUCACAAUUUGGUUUUUCAUGAUUUUUUUCGCUCAAUGUUCCUCCCAGCGAAACAGCACAACAAUCAGCAUUCCAAAUGAAUUUUACAACAAUAACAACAAAUGGAAUAUGUUACCAAUACGUACAUCUCGAAAGCGAUUUUUGAGCCAAUCUCUUGUUUUUUUCGUUACGAGCACUUUGUAUGACUGAUUUCAAUUCGUCGAAUCCCUCGAAAGUCUAUGUUUUUUUUAAGAUUUUCAAAAAGCGAAUGAGAAAAACAAAAUUAACCAAAGAAUAAAUUCAACAGUAAAUUACUCAAAUUUCGAAUAUUAAAAUCAAAUUGAAUCGAACGGCCGAAAAGCCAGUUGGGCGUUUAAUUCAAUUCGCUUUUUCAUAUUCCGAAUCGAUUUGAGAUUUGAGCUUAGCAAAUGUGUUGGGUAAAGAAAAGUUGUGAAACAAAUGUGAUUUAUCGCUUACGAACUCAACGUGAUAAAGAAGCAAAAAAAAACAUGAAAGGAGAAGAAGUUACAGAGAAGAAGAAAACUGAAAUUAUUGAAGGCUUACUCAGAUCCUUAAUGUCUCCGUUACCAAAACGCUGACCAAUUUUGCCAGAGCAAUUAGUCAUUCAUCUUCAUUUCUUCAUUAUUUUUAAUUGAUUUUACAGUUCUUCAAUAUGCGCGCGUCAUAUUCGAAUUACGGAAUAUGUUUCGAAGCGUGAGCAUAUUGUUUGAUUCAAAAGGGAAGCAAUUACUAGCAUCGCAUGUUCAAGUUAUUAAAUUUUGCAUUUUGUUCGGCAAAAGAGAAAUUUGGGCUGUAUUUUUAGCCAUGGGGUGGACAUGAUGACGAAUUUGCUGAAUCCAUACGAAAGUUUAUGAAUCAAUUUGAAACUUGCAACAUGACAGUGAUACACACAUGUGCGAUAAAGUAUAUAUAUAAAAAGUCUUAGUCGUUUUUGAAUUGAUUCAAAUCGUUGGGAAUUUUUGAACUGGAUUAAAAUCUUGAAUCCAGUGUCUACCUUAUUGGCGCUUACGGUCCGGCACUGAUCGAUUUUUGUAAGAAUUUCAUUUGAAGAACAACAGAAUCAUUUUAGUAAGAUUUUUUUAAUCAAAAUUGUUUACGUAUUGCAUUCAAGGGCACGCUGGAAAGACCAGAUUCCUGCUUCUAUUGGAGAAAAAUCUCCUUUUCCCAAAUUCACUGAAUAUUAUGAAGAAAUAAUGAAAAACCAAUAAUGUCAGAGUGCUUCAAGAUACUCAAACUUAAUUUAUUAAACAUUGUCAAUGUGUAAAAUAUUGUGUAAUUUUUGUUGUAAAUUUCAUUAACUCUUUUUUAAGUUGAACGAUUAUUUUGGAGAGCUAAUGAAACACAACGCGAGUCGUAUUCAUCUUAAUCCUAAUCUAAGAGAAUCAUUGUUUAAGUAAUCGUGAUGUUAAUUUAAAUGAAAACAAAAACUUAAUUUUAGUACAAUCACGUACAAAUUAAUACAAAUGAAUCAAGAAAAUGGAACGCAUAUACUCUCUAAUGAUGAAUAAAUGUUUGUUCAAAACACAAAUUUAAUGAAAUAAAGAGAAAAAAAACAUAACAUUCGCCAAAAA